UCAUAAAUGUCAAUUAUUGUUUUAUUUAAUAUUAAACUUUAUUUAAUAUUAAACAUUUUUUAAUAAUAUUAAAAAAUGUUUAAUAUUAAAGUGUUUUUUCUUAAGUGUUUUUCUUAUUACAGGAAUUAGGUAAAACAAAUCCAUUUGAAGCAGUACCUCCCAAACCUGAAGAUUUGGCAACAGUGUGUUAUACAAGUGGUACAACUGGUACUCCCAAAGGAGUCAUGUUGACCCACAGAAAUGUAGUUGUUGAUGUUAGUGCUUCUAUUUAUCAACUGGCUGAAUAUGCUCCAAAUAGUGAUGAUGUAAUGAUGUCUUUUUUACCAUUAGCGCACAUGUUUGAACGAGUUUGUGAAGCAACAGUUUACAUUGCUGGAGGAAGAGUUGGAUUUUAUCAAGGUGAUAUACGCUUAUUAGUGGAAGAUAUGAAAGCACUUCGCCCAACGAUAUCUCCAACAGUUCCAAGAGUGUUAAAUCGCAUUUAUGACAAGGUUCAGGCAACAGUAAGUGGAAGUUUUGCAAAAAAGUUUCUUUUAAAUUUUGCAAUGAAAAGAAAGCAGUCAGAAUUGAAACGAUUGGUUAUCAGGAAUAAUUCAGCUUGGGAUUUUGUAUUUAAACAAGUGAGAGAAGGUAUGGGAGGAAGGCUUAGAUUGCUGGUUUGUGGAUCGGCACCAUUGGCUAGCAACGUGUUAACCUUUAUUAGAUGUGCUCUUGGAUGUGUUGUUGUAGAGGGAUAUGGUCAAACUGAAGGUGUUGCACCAUGUACUUUAACAGUUCACGGAGAUUAUACAGCUGGACAUGUUGGACCACCAAUACCAUGCUGCAAAAUUAAAUUGGUUGAUGUUCCUGAAAUGGAAUAUUAUGCUUCAGAGAACAAGGGUGAAGUUUGUAUCAAAGGAAACAACAUAUUUAGAGGCUAUUUAAAAAAUCCAGAAAAAACUGCAGAAACAAUUGACAAAGAUGGCUGGCUACAUACUGGAGAUAUUGGAAUGUGGCUCCCUAAUGGUGCAUUAAAAGUAGUAGACAGAAAGAAGCAUAUAUUUAAACUUGCACAAGGUGAAUAUAUUGCACCUGAAAAAAUUGAGAAUAUCUAUCUAUCUAGUCCCUAUAUUAUGCAAAUCUUUGUUCAUGGAGAAAGCUUAAAGUCGUGUCUUGUUGCUAUAGUUGUGCCAGAUAGUGAAGUAGUAAAAUCUUGGGCUAAAGAACAGAAUAUUCAGGAACCCUGGAAUAAAUUGUGUGGUGAUAAGAGUUUGAAGAAACUUAUAUUUGAUAACAUCGUUAGUCUAGGAAAGAAAACUGGAUUGAAAUCAUUUGAACAGGUGAAAGAUAUCUACGUGCAUCCAGAACCAUUUUCUGUUGACAACGGUUUGCUUACACCCACUCUGAAGACCAAACGACCAGAGUGCCGAAAAUAUUUUAUGCCUCAGAUAGAAGCCAUGUAUCGUGUACUUGUCUAAAAUUUGAAGUGUUUGUCAAAGAAACUGAGAACCGAUUCGAGGCAUCAGAUAAUUGGCCGGAGGUGCAUCUCAUUCUGGGUGUGACGCAUGCAUUUGUAUAUUGGAAUCUAUGGAAAAGACUUCUGUUAACUUGUAUAUUGUUUGAUUUAGAUCUUGUAUUGCCAAAUUUGAUAUGUUUAACCUUUUUUGUGCACUGCACCAAAAAAUAUGGUAAUGGCUAAUAUUUACAUUAAGCAUUUAUUUAUACAUUCCAUCUCCUUUAGGGUGGAAAUAUGGACAAUUAAUGAAAAGACAACAAAUCUAAAUUUUUGUAAUUUGGGUCUUUAAAAAUUUGGGAAGGGUGUAAAAAAAGAAAUUCCAAAAGGAAAAGUCUUUCAUUUUUUGUAAAACUCUGGUUUUAUCCGAUCCUUGGGUGACUUUAAAGCCGUGCAAUAAACUUAUGUACUUUGUCUUUUGGGGAAGUCAGAAGAAAAUUUAAUAUAUUAAAAUAUUCAAAAUAUGACUAUGUAAGAUACAAAUGCGGAGUUUAGCAACACGGAAAGUGGAUUGCAAUCUGUUGUUGCCUCCAUUGCAUUGCUCAGAUGUUUAACAGUGGAGCACUAAAAUUUUUCAUUUCAAUUUAUUUAUUGAUAAGUUGUGUAUUAUUCAUCAGAUAUUCAAUCAAGAAACUGUGCUUAGCCAUGGAUUUACCCGUUCUCGUGUGCCGACGGGAGUAGAUAUUCUCCCAGCGGCACAGAUCCCGAGCAGAGUCAACAAAAACAAGCACCACUAGUUGUCAUUUUUCAGAAUUAAGUAUCAAAUUCCCAGAUGUAAUUGUUAUUUGACUGUAUAAGAUUUGAAUCUAAUGUUUUUAGUGUUAAAGAAACUACCAUUUAACAUAUUUUUCUUCAGUGAUUAAUGCAACUGUGGAAUCACUAAAUGCUACGGUUCACUAUUUGCUUGCUUUUUGUAUGGAUUCCACUCAAUUUUAAAUUUACAUUUAAUAGAAUUAUUUUGAAAACUCUGUAGAAGAAAUUUUUGUAAUUGUGUAAUUAUCUAGUGGAAAUAUUCAAAAGUUUUCUAUAUUGUAAAAAGUUUUUUGGUGUUUACAAAUCUGUUAGUGAAGGAUUUUCCAAAAUAAACCAGAUUUUUUUUGGUU